UGUUUGGAAACAGCAGUAAACUCCACAGCAGCCGCCGGACUUCUUCAACGGCUGUUACAUCAUUCGCGUUCCCGUGUACGACGGCGACAAAACCGCGCGACCGUGUAGCGUUAGACCAGCACGCGUCUCGUUCGUCUCAGCGGUAACCUUAAGUCGGUUAAACAUGAACGUGGCUAAAAGUGGUUAUCGCGUUUUCUCCGCCAACUCUACGCCCGCGUGCACGGAACUCUCUAAGAAGAUUACCGAGCGUCUUGGAGUAGAGCUGGGGAAGUCUGUUGUUUACCAGGAGUCGAACCGAGAAACGAGAGUUGAGAUUAAAGAGUCUGUGAGAGGCCAAACGAUCUUCAUCAUCCAAACCAUUCCCAGAGACGUCAACACCGCUAUUAUGGAGCUGCUGAUUAUGGCCUAUGCGCUGAAGACCUCCUGUGCCAAGAACAUCAUCGGCGUCAUCCCGUACUUCCCCUACAGUAAACAGUGUAAGAUGAGGAAGAGGGGAUCCAUAGUGUGCAAACUGCUCGCCUCCAUGUUAGCCAAAGCAGGUCUGACUCAUAUAAUCACCAUGGAUCUGCACCAGAAAGAGAUCCAGGGCUUCUUUACUUUUCCCGUGGACAACCUUCGGGCUUCUCCGUUCCUGCUGCAGUACAUCCAGGAGGAGAUUCCUGAUUAUAGAAAUGCUAUCAUUGUAGCCAAGUCCCCAUCUGCUGCUAAAAGGGCUCAGUCGUAUGCGGAGCGCCUUCGUCUUGGUCUGGCCGUCAUGCACGGAGAAGCGCAGUGUUCAGAGUCCGACAUGGCAGAUGGCCGGCAUUCUCCUCCAUGCGUCCGUAACACCAUCGGUCACCCCGGCUUGGAGUUGCCAUGCAAACAACAAGCUCCGUUCCCAGGCAUAGAGCUCCCAAUAAUGAUGGCCAAGGAGAAGCCGCCCAUCACUGUUGUCGGAGAUGUUGGAGGCCGCAUCGCCAUCAUUGUCGAUGACAUUAUUGAUGAUGUGGAGGACUUUGUGGCAGCAGCUGAGAUUUUGAAGGAGAGAGGAGCUUAUAAGAUUUACAUCAUGGCCACCCAUGGACUCUUAUCUGCAGACGCCCCGCGCCUCAUCGAGGAAUCCGCAAUAGACGAAGUGGUGGUGACCAACACUGUCCCUCAUGAGGUGCAAAAGCUGCAGUGCCCUAAGAUUAAGACGGUGGAUGUCAGCAUGAUCCUGGCAGAGGCUAUCCGACGCAUUCACAACGGGGAGUCCAUGGCUUACCUGUUCCGCAACAUCACAGUAGACGACUAGCCACAGAUGAGGAGGUGUAGAGUUUAGGGAAAUAUCUCCACUCUUACACAGUUGAGAGGUGUGCCAAUGCAGUUCCCCAUUCCCAGCCAAACAAACACUGCAGUCACCUUCGUUUCCCAGAUAAACCCAUUGUCCUCUGCAAAACAAUUCAAGCGAAUCUCCAUUGCCAAAUUAUAUAGUCAAAAUCUAAAGUUAAUGAAGAUUUGCCAGUGUGCAGAUAUGAAAUGAUGCAAAGAACAUAAUUUUUUAUAACUUUUAAUGAUACUCUGCAGUAAAAUCAUCAGUUUUAGAUUGACUGGUAAAGCUUUACAUUAAGGUUCCUUCGGUUAACAUUAGUUAAUGCAUUAGCGAUUAGAAUAUUAUUUGUUGCAGUAUUUAUUAAUGUUGUUUUAAUAUCAAUCUAAGUAUGGUUAAUUGCUAGUUUGUAUUAACACUUUGUUUUAAUAAUAUAUAACAACUGAUUAUCUUGUUCCACGCCAGCAUUUUUGAAAAAAAAAAAAAUAAAAAUACAGUUGCCAGUCACUGCCAGCAUUUUUGCUAUUUUUCAGAAAAAAAUUAUCCACAGAAUAUUUUUUUGUAUUAAUAUCUUUAAUGCAAUGCAUUAAAAAAAAACGCAGUCUCUACUUAUAAACAUUCUAGCUUCAAGCAUUCUUUUUUUUUUUUUUUUUUACUAAAAGCUAAUAAAAUGUCUUUUUUAUCCAGUGUUACAGGUGGGGAAAGAGUUAAUAAAUAUAUUAGAAGUAUUUUCUUAAUGCAGUUAACUAAAGUGUGACCAUUCCACUGUUAUGGAAAACUGAUGAUUUUACUGCUUAUGAGUAUUUCUGAUUUAUUUUGGUUUCGUUGUACAAUAGUUCCUCCAAUUCGAAAGGGAUAGUCCGCCCCAAAAGUGAAAUCUAUCAUAUUUACCCGCAUUGAUCUUUGCUUGUAUAAUUUUAUUACAACUCUGGAAAAAGCCCCAAAGCAAACAACCCUUCUUUGCAGUAGUUUUUUUUUUUUUUUUUUUUUUCAGCAUAUUCUUUCAAAUAUUCCUAUUUUUCCAUGCGAGAGUCCAAGUCGUACAGGAUUGAAGUGUGAUUUUUUUUGGGUGAACUGUCGGUUAAUAUCCAUGGCGCAGGUUAAGGAACCGAAAUAUAGUGUGUUGCAGAAAAUGCUGGUUUCCGGGUGGUUUGGUUAGUUGAUUUGUUAAUAAAUGUUUACUCAAACGAAUGAGUUCCAAAUGAACCAAGUACUGUGAAUACGUUACGUCUCGUAAAACGCAUCUGUACUCCUACGUAACAAAACUAUGCGAGCUAAAAACGGCAUGUUCCUCAGUUUCAGUGCGUUACUAACGUCAAGAUCUGCAUUGCCUGGUGUAGAAGAUAAGACUUUGGGUUUUAUCUUGAAUUAACCACGUUAGCAAUACUAGGCCAGUUAUGUUCUGCAGAUACAUUUAGCGUUACCUAAACGAGUAUGCUGUGAUCACCUGCCUCGUUAGCAGUGACAUCUACCGUUAAAAUAAAAAAAAAAACGUUUAGCUUUCGCUUCCUGAUUGAACCUGGAGCAGGAUCGUAAAACCCAAUGGUAAAGCUAACCACAACGCAUGAGUUUUGUGUGUCGGGUAGAGCGGGAUCACAGACGCACCAGCACUGCCCCCCCCCCAACCACCCCCCCGCACGUCCACGUACUUCCUCUGUGUGCGUUUGUCUCUGCCGUCGAGCCGCCCCUACGUGUUCGUUUGAAGCACAGCUACACUUCUUUCUUUUAAACGUCGUCUUCCACCUCUGUGUUCCUCAUUUGUGCGUCGACUAGCCGUUUCCCAGUGCCUCACUCUGUGAGAGCGAGCGUGGUUGCUAUGGCAACCUUAUUCAGAGCCGUUCUAGCUGUGUUUUUGCAGUACAGCGCAGAUACGGUCCAACCUUACGGAGAACAUGCGGUUUUGCUACAGUGCAUUGUAUCUGCUGUUGCUUUGCAAUCUUAUUUUUGUAAAUAAACACAAGUGAUUCGCUUCA